CCGUUUCGUGGUUGUCAAUUUCAGAUUUGAUAAAAGUGUCAAAUCAUUUAGGCCUAGUCAAAGUCCACCUUGCUCCGUUUCAUAAGCUAGGGACAGUUUGACAUAUCUCCACCAGGUGGCAGUGCUGGCUCCGCCAUGGCAAUUUCCCAUACGCCAUCUGCGAGAAGAGGUAAGUGAGGUCAGAAUGGGUGGGGUUAAAUGUCAUGGCAAGAUGGUGCUGCCUCCUAUCUCCGAAAAUCUGAACUAAAGUGAGCUGGAUAUCCAUAUCGCUGGCUGUUUCGGCUGACAAUAACAUGCGAUUUUUUAAAAUAUAUUGAUGAUAUUUUCGUGUGGUAUUCAAAACCACCAGAGAUCUGUCAACUGUUCCCUAAUAAUUUUGAGAAUAUUCACCCCCCUUGCCAUUUAUUCCUACACGCAUUUGAAGAGCACAUUGAAUUCACUUCAGACUUCUUUCAAUACAGGGGUUGAAGAAGCAGAGAGCUUUCUGUGGUGUGAUCAUUGGAUUGGCAGUCUUACUAACCGUAACGCGUAGUUUUUGAAUCAACACAUUUUUAAUCAAGAGUGCUCAUUCAGGAUUUGACUUUUUGAAAGUUAGAUUUAAAGUUCUUGUGAUUGACCCCUGCAUUGUUUGAGGUUGAUCAUGGUUUUGGAAGGAGGGUCCCCAUAGCUAGUGAUGUAUGGACAAGGGACCAAAUGUCAGGGACACUGCAGGGUUGAAACUUCAACACCAGUAUCCGGUAUACUCCUUGUCAACAGUGAGCGACACGGGUUGCAUUUGAAAUCUAUUAUCUCACAGUGAAGACGUAAGAACUUAGUUACCAAAAUGCACAUGAUGAACAUCUCGUGGUAGGGUUUACAAUAUCACAUGAUCAACUUGACGAGUGGUCCCUUGAAAUCUUUGAUUUGGAGUAGGAUGUGCCAUGUCCGAUGUUUCCAAUCCAAAAGCUGAAGAUGAUUAUUGUACAAUAAUUUUUGCUUCAUUUGUCAGGUCCAAAUAUCGGACUCUAUUUGAUUUUCGAAACAUCUGCCAUGGUAUAUUGCAUAAGAACUAUUGGAGCAAAGUGGACUCAAAAUGUAGGCUCGAAAGUGUGGUGCUGUCACUAAUUUUUGGCCCCAACAUUACAAAUUAUCACAAUCUGAAUCUAGCUUGUGAAUCGAUGAAAAUUACCCAGCUGACUGGCAGAAUCGAUGCCUAUAGACCGAUGAUUUAUCGAGGCUACCAACCAUUCUCAGACCACUAAAAUAUCGUCUGUGAUUCUGUGAUGGUGAGCCGUAGAACUUCUCCAAGUCCGUGGAAUGGGCUUCGGACGGAGAGCAUUUUUUGCCAGAUUGGUCGACAAUGUGGGACAGCACUUUGUUUUCAAUCAAGAUAUCAUCAGAACCUCAUCUAACUUUUGUGUCGCCCGCCAGGAUUUAAAACCUGCCCAUUUGUUCGCUGAACUUUAAAUUGUGAUCUGGUGUUACACCAGACAGAAAUACUGAUUGGCUAUGGAAUCACUAAAUAGCUCUCACGACGUGCCAAUCAUAUCAAGAGUUAAUUGAGGUUUUGGUGUUCAUAAAAUCAAUUAGUACUGUGUCAAGUGUCAGUCAUCUGUAGAAUUUCAUUUGAAGUUUUUCAAAGGAAACAAAGAAAAAAACAAUGUAAUACAGGGGGAUGAAGUUCAAAAGUUUGAUUGUGGAGUUUGAAAAGUUUAAAACGUUCGUGUGGUGAAAAUGUUGCAUUAGUUCAUGAGAUGUGAUCAAUUUAGGUUGAGUUGUGGACAAUAGCAGUUCAGGAUAUUCUUAGCAGGUGGCAGCACAAGUCCUGACUAGGAAGCUGGUAUAAGCUCUGCGGAGAUUAGCUGGUUGGAUUGGGGUUGGGGGAGUAUGGGAAAGUCUAUGAUGCACUAAUAAUGAACAAAAAAUGAACAAAACGAUUGACUUUUCCGACAGCUGGCCAUCUAUAUGGUCACAUGACUUCUAUGUAACAUUUCCACCACUACUGAAUAACACCCCGGGAUCCAAAAACAAAAACAGAUUAAUAAUAAAUUAAAAACAGAUCGAACUUGAAUGUUUUUGUCAAGGUUCUGUGUGUUCAGCAGUAAUGUGGGGUAAUGUAUAAUUUAUGUGCAUGAUUGAUGAAUUACAAAUGGUGAGGGCCAAUCUCGUAGGAGGGGGUCAUUCUCCUUUUCCAUGAAUGCGAGAAAAGGUCACCAAUUUGAAGUUUGAGUCACCAUAUAAUAACCCGUUAUUUUUAUAUAUCAAUGAAAAAUAUCAUGAGUAUGGCCUGCUCUAUGGUAUCAACAGGGAUAAUUAACAGCUAAUUAGGCCGCCAUAUUAUCGAACUUGUGAAUAUAGGAUGUACACAAUGUCCUACAUUAAUAAUUGGUCCUGUGAUUGCACCAGAAGUAUUGUGUGUAGCCUUUCUGCGAGGGCUUCUGGACUGAUGUCGUUUGUUCUUUUAUGGAAGUAUGCAGCUUGGAUGUGUGGGUGUGAAGGUGGAUGGUCGUUGGAUCUGUGGUUUUGGUUGAGAGGAUUAAGAUAGGAAAGAGCACUGGAAGCUCUGGAUAGUCGAAGGUUGGUCACUGUUGGACGUUGUGGGCCAGAUGUGCCUGAUCUUGAUUUGUGAGGACAGCGCCAUAAGACAACUGAUGUCAAAAGUGUGAGCCCAAGUCCUGGAUAUUGUGGUUUCAGUACUGAGAUCUCAAAGACACUAAAAGACCAUCCUCAACUCGCUCUUCGAUCAUUGAUAUGGUUACUGAAUUCGGGAUCUGAAAACCAUAUUUUUCCCUCUUUGCACUUGGUUUGUCCUCAUUCAUCAAACGAGGAGUUUGUGUCUUUUGAGCUAUGAGACUUUUGAUGUAUGGACGUCAGAAGUCUUUUUGGAUCUCUGAUGUGUUUUGACUUAGGACGUGUUGUCCAAGCAUGAGGUCUUCAAACGUUGUCGUCAAAAGAAUCUACACCCACAUGAAUGUUUAUCAGGACAAGAUGCUAAUGCAUGUUGGUGAACACUGAUUGUGUUUUAGGAGGAAAGUAUGUGCCCACUGGUCGUUCCAUAACUAUUGCCAAAAUUGGACAAGUGUCAACAUCAACGACAUUAGUCAGGAUAGGGUUAAUCCAGUAUGUACGUAAACAAGCCUGAGUACGUGGGCAUUUAAUGAAAUAUGUUCUCGUCUAAUUACCUGAUUGGUCCCCUAUUUCCCGUUAUUGGGUAAAUGUGAUAGAGAGAAAUUAGCUGCAUGCCAUGGUGACUUGCUGAUAAGGAAGUUGAAAUACGUUCGUGUUCCAAGGGUAAUUUAGGUUGAGCGACUGCUGGAUUUCCUUGUUAUACGCAAAAAUGGGUCAUCUCAGGAUUUUCGUGUGCUGAAGAUUAUUUCUAUGGCAGUCCUAUUUGUCAUAAAGAAUGGCUUGAUGUGAGGGCUGUGUGCUUUUGAAGGGUCGGUCAUAGUUGACUUGGGAUUUGGUGGUUCUGCUUCUGCUUUCGAGGCUAAGGAACCUACCAUGUUACCGAAGUGUCAAAAUUCAGAGUACUCUAUCCCUCUCUCUCUCUCUCUGUUUUCAUUUGAUGCAGCAGUCACUCAUUGGACAUGCAUGUAGUAACAUGUCACUAGGAUCUAGAACAGGCAUGACUAGAGUUGUAUUUAGGCUGUCAUGUGAAUACCAAUCUUGGUCUCCUUAGUGACUCAUGUGCUAGUUUGGAUUCGUCCCAAAUUAUCAGUUGGUGGCAUGAGGACAUGGAGGAGAGGAGUGUUGCCUGACUUGAUCAGGCUACUGAGGUUAGAUUCAUUUCAAAGUGCAUAUUGGACCAUCUUUACAUCUGGAUCAGUUCCUAAAAAGAGUCAUAUCGGUAUGCAAGACUGCUGUGAUACCAACCACUGGGAGCCUGGAUGUUAUCGGAUUCUCAGCAUUGGAAUUUUGAGCACUCCAUGGUUUCAGAAGCAGCCUUCUUCUUUACUGGUAGUGGUAUCAUUUUGGUGCGUGAUCUAAUGGACUUCUCGUCAGUUCUGUCACUAUCAGAUGGGGAGCUUUCUAGUUUAAGCCAUGGAUCUUUAUAGACAGUGUCUGUCACAUUCACAGCAUCAAGUUUGGAUACAGCAUGUUCCCAUUUGGGCAUUCAUGCGUUCUAUCCCUUGAGAAAAUAUUUAUAUUCUGAUGAGAAUCCUGUCUCCGAUACGCAGCUGUUCCUCCUGUUGGAUUAUCAUGCCCCCCUGGCAUCUGCAACAAGAAAAUUGAUUACCCUAAUAUCGUAGAACUGAUUUGAAUUCCUGUUGCAACUUUACACUUGUAUCAUUAGUCGGAGAAUAUUGGAAUUAUGAUAAGAUUAAUUUUAAGGGGAUGAGGCAGUUGGGUGUUGGGAGGCAUUGUGCUAAGUGAUUGCACUGAAAUUUAUCUCCGCAUUGUUGAUGUGAGUGAGUUAUUGAAUCAUAUUGGUUGUGUUGGAUGAUGGGAUGGAUGUUGGUGUUAGUGUUAGUGUAAGCGAUCUUGUGGUGUGUCGUUAUCUGUAUCCAGUUCUGAACCAGUGGUUAGGACAGUCUCCAUGCUUUGUCAGUGAUCUCAGAAAGAUCUAUAUGUGCAUCCGGUUGGAACGAUAGAUACCAUCGAUAGAACGGCCAUGAGUUAUGCUCGCUCAGACAAGAUAUAACAUGAUUCUGAGGAUUAUAGUACAUUGUCGAUUUCUGAGUUAGAUUUGAUUUGGUCAUCGUCUCGUGGAGAUUUAUGUAUCCAGUUUGUAGGACCAUGAGUUAUGGUCCCUAUGACUUGAUACAGAUUUAUUCAGAGGAUCUACAUUGUUGAUUUCAGGAUUUUCCAGGGAUCUGUGUAAUUCUGUGAUAUGGAAUUGAUUGACUUGUGAUAUGAUUGAGUUUGUUAAGUUUGACCUCAAGACUGUGAAUUGAAAGAUUAACUCGUUGCCUGCUUAUUGUUUGGAAUUGGAGUGUCCGAAUUCUUUGGAGUGGAAGGAAGGAUGUAAUAGAGAAAGACGGAAUUAGUUUUCGGUUUUUUGCUCAAACCUAUUUUGUGAUAACGCUGUUAGCAAAUGAUGCAAGACUGUUUUAAGUUUGUUAAAGUGCAACACUGGUUCAAGUGUGUUAUGAGACAGACAUGACAAAUGGUAUUGUUGAAACACUCACUCAAUAUGGGCGAAAUUAAUCGUGUCCAAUAUUUUUAGCCAGUCCGCAAGUUAGGAUGUAUGUCCUUCCUGAUUAUGCUUGACCAUCCAUCCCGCAAUCUCGUGAAAUGUACAGGACAUACAGACGUCUGCUCAAGAAGUAAUCAUUGAUUUAUUCGGGCAGUUAGUUGUGCAGGAUAGUGGAACUAAAGACUGUCUGUGUGCGCGCUAUAUAUCACGAAAAGCUAUUACUUUCUCAGACUGGAUCUAUUUAGGUGUUUUCUGGACUCUGGGUGAUUGAUUCACUCAUGCUUUGUCAUAGCUUUUCACUGUGCAGUGGCUCCAUCUGCAGCGGGAACUAAAUCAUUGUAGCCCUUCGGUGGCCUCUCCGCCGGCAGGCGACCAACUUGAUGAAUACUCAGGUAGCAUAACAAGCUGAUGUUGAUCUCGGUUAAUUUUAGAACUCGGUAAACGAACGAGCCAAGUUGAUGAAAACGGUUGUACGUUUUGUUUGAUUUCGCCUGCAGAGUUUUAGCAAGGAGGGUGAACUAGACUAUGCUGGCUGACUCAAGUAUGCUAAAGCUAAAUCCACCUGAACUCUAGCGAGAAAUGGUGUUGAUCAUGUACAAUAUCGUGUAUCUAAAUUGAGUCCAAGAUAUCUUGAUCUAGACUAUAGUACAUGGCCAGUGUAUCUUCUUGGAAUAGUACACGAUGAAAUUCCUCGAGGUAGGAUGGACUCCAUCUACAUAAGAAUACAACAGAAAUCUCUGUUAAGCUUGGGCUAAGUUAUGUUGAAACAGACUAUAGGUUCAGGUGUAAAUACGUUGUUGGUGAAUGUUUUGUGAAGAAUUUAAUGCUCAAUCCAAUGGCGACUUUGGCAAAGUUACGUUGAUGCUGACGCUAGUAACCCAUUGGUUGAAAAGCCUGGUAAUAUUUGUGUAGCAAAGAACCUUUCCCAAGAUGAAAAUCGACCUAAGGUGCAUCUGCAAUCGGGAGGCAAAGGCUGAGAUGCCGACUACCAAAUCGGAUAAAGAAAAAGCGCCUGAACGGGAGGCUCCGGAGCCGAAGGAGCCGGUCGAAAAAAAGGGGGUUAAAGAAAAAGAAAAGGGGGAUACGGAGAAAAAGGAGAGUCGAGAUAAUAGUGAAAGAGCGCCCUCUAUUGAAGAUGAUGAGGAAGGACAUCUGAUAUACCGACAAGGAGAUCUUCUACAAGCUAGAUAUGAAGUUAUACGGACCCUCGGGGAAGGAACAUUUGGAAAGGUCGUGGAGGUCAAGGACAAUCAAAGAAAUGGUCAACAGCUAGCACUGAAGAUCAUCAAAAAUGUGGAAAAAUACCGGGAAGCUGCCAAACUCGAAAUAAAUGUGCUAGAGAAACUUAUGGAAAGAGACCCAGAGGGAAAACACCUGUGUGUGCGGAUGUUGGACUGGUUCGACUAUCACGGACACAUGUGCUUAGCAUUUGAUAUGCUAGGACUUAGCGUGUUUGACUUCCUCAAAGACAACGGAUACCAGCCAUACCCCAUGCAUCAAGUCAGACACAUGUCAUAUCAAAUGUGUUAUGCUGUGAAAUUUUUACAUGAAAUGCACCUCACUCAUACAGAUCUGAAACCUGAGAAUAUUCUCUUCGUAAAGUCAGAUGCAGACGCCACGUAUAAUGCAAAAAAGAAGAAAGAUGACCUGCGAGUGAGAGAUACGAGUAUCCGGCUGAUUGAUUUCGGUUCGGCCACAUUCGACCAUGAACACCAUAGUACAAUCGUGUCAACGCGGCAUUACAGAGCUCCAGAGGUCAUCUUAGAACUUGGCUGGUCGCAACCUUGUGAUGUUUGGAGCGUUGGGUGUAUAAUGUUUGAGUUAUAUACAGGCUACACACUCUUCCAGACGCAUGACAAUAAAGAACACUUAGCCAUGAUGGAGCGAAUUCUUGGAUCUCUUCCGUACAGAAUGACGAAAAAAUCUAGAAAAACAAAGUAUUUUUAUCACGGCCGAUUAGACUGGGAUGAUAAUUCUUCGGCUGGGAGAUAUGUACGGGAUAAUUGCAAGUCUCUGCGGCGCUACAUGUUGGGUGACACGCAGGAACAUCGCGAGCUAUUUGACCUUGUCGAACGAAUGUUAGAGUACGAUCCAACGCAGCGAAUCACAUUCGAAGACGUCUUAAAGCAUCCGUUCUUCGACGCGCUUCCAGCCCACCAGCGAUGUGAUGAAGAGGAGUCAAAAAACGUAAAUCGUGAGCGCUCGCACAGCUUAAGUAGAUAGUUCAUAGAGCUGUAGAUGGCAUAUGUGAAUAUUGAAAAUUGUGAUAUUGGUUCGAAGGACUCGCCCUGUCUCUGAUUGGUUUAAAUGGAGUGAUUCUUUGACGUGAUUGGUCGAUAAAGAUUCUUUGAAAUGAUUGGUCUCUAUAGAUGUCUGCUGAUAAUUCACGAUUUUCAAUUCUGUGACUUUAUCGUCGUGAAAUCAGGACAGGGACGAGGUUGAGGCGAUACGAUUGUAGGGCGGGCGCUCACGUAUUUAGUGACACUUUUGAUAUGAUUGUACAGAAAAUUCUUAAUUGUCCAAAGAUUUGAAAAUAUUACAAACCUGGGAUUUUCACCUGUUGUUUAUUUCGCAGAAUAUCUUGACGGUUGCGUUGAUGUUAGAUGUUGAGUGGAGAUUAUGAGAGGACAAAUUCAAAUCACGUUGCCUUGAAUAACUUGCUGGAGGUGUGCAAAUAUGCUUGAUUUACAGUGUAGAGGGGGUCAUUGCCAAAACUACUACCUGUUGAUACCCCAAAAAGACUUUGUUGUGAAAAUGAGUUGUAGAACAUCAAUGGUGGUUGAAUCCCCGGGUUUGAUUUAUUCAGUUAUUGAUUGAGAUUUAAGGAAUAUAGAUGAAUGUAGUAAGAGUCUUAUUCUCACGUAAUUUAUGAUAUUUAGAAAAGUUUAAGUGCUGGCGAAAGUUUCCACAGAAGUUUUAUUCAGAGGCUCAAUAUAUGGGGCCAGCAUCUGUUGAUUUCAACUUUAGAAUAGAUGUGAUGUUGGAACAUCAAAGGCUGACCCCAUAAGGACCAUUUUGUUUCCCUACGAGGAAGGUCUCCCACUUGGAGCGCUGGCAAAUUUUGGUCUCUGACGCUGUUCAGAAUAGUCGGAUGUUGCCAUGAUUGGUUCAAGAGCCUUUGCAUGAAAGUUCUGGGGACAGAUGUUGAAGUUGAUGCCAUGAAAAUAAAAACGGUUUAUGAAGUGUUGCUGUGAGUUGGGAUCAAUAUCCUCAUACUAGGGAGGGAUAACACUUGAAGUGGUCUAAUCAUUGAAUAUAUGGGCUUAGAUAUUGCAGUUUAUAAGCAACAAAAUUUGUACAUAAAACUGUUUGUAGACUUUGGGAAUUUGCGCAGAACAAUCUUUGAAAACAGUAACUUUGUUUGUUUAAAUCAAGUGCAAAUGGUCGAAAUGCAGCAAAAUUCGCCUGAAUUCUGUUGAGAGCAAGAUCAUUUUUUUCCGUUGACAGACUUUCUAACGCAUUUUGCCUUUUGAGGAGUACACGACCUCAAUUUGGAGAUGGUACCAAAAUUCAUCAAUUUGGGAUUGGUCCAUUUUGAUGAAGUUUAAGCACAGCUUUGACAGUACCUUCUCAGUCCAGCAUGUUAUUUGAAAAUGUAAAUAGUUCUACUAAUAUUAAUGUUUUACUUGUUUCAAAAAGAACAUUUCUUCAUCUGGAAUUUCGGACAAGUUUGCCGGCUGGGUACUUGUCAUAAAAGUACCAGGUCUUUUGUCAUUAGCUUGCCUGGGCUGUGGUCAUUUCCAUGCCCAGACAGUCGUCAUACAUUUUGUAAUUAGGGCAUCGCAUCCUGCCAAGUUUGUACUGCCUACGAUCUUUCUAACCCUGAUAGAAAACUUGAUAUUUGGUUUGUUUGUUCAAUCGUUCAUUGCUUGAUUUGUUCAGUUGCCAAGGCGUCCAAACUAAGCGUCUAUGCAUUUUCCAAUGUUUCUGGGCCUGUGGUCCACAACUGCUUAAUUUCUUCGCUGUAUUUCAUCAGAAGUGUCCAUGGGAAAGAGUGAAUACAUUUUACAUCUUUCUCCAAACUGAUUUUCUUUCCUGUGUACCUGGGUAAUCAACAGAUUUUGGGAUGUACAUUUAUGAAAUAAUUGAUCCUGAAUGAAAAUUUGACAAUGAAAGUACAUUUAUGAUAUCGGACAUUGUACAAGUACAUUGAGUCAGAAUGAUAAAACUGUCUGACCUCAAAAUGUACAUUUGUGAAUGAUUUUGUCAAACAAAUUUAAUCAAUACUAAAAUUGAGUGAUUAGAUAUGAAAUUUCCAAAUUGCAUUAAGAUUGGUAGGUAUCGUUUCUGUGCUUUUUCAUGUUCAUGUAAAUAAAGUGCAUUUAAUUAACCCUUGAUAGAUCGGGGACAACUUAACAAUCACCACAGCAUCCAGUUACAGUCGUAGAGCCUAAAUUUGUACAUCAUGGUGCACACUUGAAAUGUAAACGAAGAUUGAGCCUUGUCCAUACACGACGUUAGAAACCAACAAACAAUUUGGGUUAUAGUUUGGUUAACCCGACGUCUUGUGGAGAGCAAUAAUAUGAUGAACUUUUCUUCAAAGGUUGCAUCAAAUUCUUCAGUAUUUGACAGAAUUAAAAGAAUUAACAUCAUCUGCUUAACCUCAUGAUGAUUUUAAGUUGGUGAGAGUUGUUGUCCUCGAUACCUCUUGGCUUAUCAUCAGUACCUCUCGGUUCAUUGAGCAGUCUAUCGCUAGCUGUAGCAUGUUGCAAAUAUGUACAAUAAACUACUUUUAAACAUGAAAAAAGGCGUCUGUUGUCUUUCGUGAUGUCUGUCCUCGAUGGUCUUGUCAGAAGAAGGCUCUAAGUCUAAGAUAUAUGGAGGGUUUGGAAAUUCAGUUGAAGAGAAAGGACACUUCUGGUGAAAUAUACAAGGAAAAAGGCUCUGUGCCACCUUAUCGGCAAAUGCAGUGUCUCUGUAACAUGGUUGUUCUUGAGACAAGCCAAUACUCUGUCGCCUUGAAAUGCCUGGUUGUACAAUCUUGGAGACGCUUGUCAACAGUUUUAGAGACACUGGUUGUACCUGGUGUUUCCUCCCUUUCUAGUGUGAUGAUGAGACGUAUUCAUGUGUCUACAUAUAACGUGUGUCCAUAUCAAUGGUUUGCUUCGAAGCUUGUCUUUCAUUAUCUUGUCUUGAAACCAGCGUCCUUGACCCAAUUGGUGUAUUGGAGACAUCACAGUGCCUGGCACAACCUCCCAAAUGGAGACGCUUUCAGUACCAAAAGAAUGAGAGACGUACCAUACACUGACUCAAAAUCUUGAAACUGAUUUGAAUAAACUAUAUCUCCCCAAAGCACUUUGAAAAGUUUGAAAAAAGCUUGUGGUUUUGACGAUAAUUAUGUCCAAAAUAUCAUUUUUUCGAUAUUCUGCUAUUAUCACCAAACCAGCAACAAUGUACAAAUUUCACUAAUACCGGCACUCAGUUUUUGGACCAAUGUUGCAUCAACCAAAAUUUCAACUCGAUACUUUGAAGCGUUCGCGAAUGCUGACCACUUCAAAAAUACCUUGUAUCCAGGUUAUUGUGUUUUUAUACCCUAAGUAGUGCUGCUCAUUUGACAGCGUGUAAAACCUGGAUCCAAGGCUUAUUUUUCAACUUUUAGCUGAAUUUUGCCCAGAUUUUAGAAAACCAUGAAGCAGUGGGAAUUUUCUGCUAAAUUUUGGCAAGCAGUACCUUUGGAAGGUGACCAAGAGGCCAAAACACGUUUUGUUCGAUUGAGAUAAUUACAAGGUAUCACCUUUAGCCAAAUAUCACGAAAUGCGAAAAACUAAAUUCAUUGAUUCCCCAUAUGAAAAUCCUGGAAUUUCUCGAUGGCUUUUGGUAGGUCUGAUAACACUUUGUCAAAUGAUAUCAAAAAUGUUUAGAAAUUGUUUUAAAAAAUCGUGAUAUUUUGACUUUUGUUCGAAACUGCAGUCUCAUGAUACUCAAUGGGUUAAUCAGAUUUUUCACUCCUGAUCUCAAAACAGGAUGGUGGUUCAUAUACCUAACCAUGGAAUUUAGAAAAAUUUUAAAACGGCCAACGGUUUUGAUAUUAGGGUCAAAAUAUCGUUUUUCGAUAUAAGGCAAUUCUCAUGAAACUAGCGAUGAUAUCGAAAUUUUAGCGACUAAAAUGGAAUGUUCUUCUCUCUCUCUUGAGAUCCCGAGCAUUUUCGACUUCAUAUCAUUUAUCGUUUGCGAAUGCUGACCCCCCUCUAAAACAGUGUUUUUUACCUCGUCCCAGGCCUUAGGUGUUUUUAAAACCUAUCCAUUGGUGUACAUUGUAAAAUAUUUUUGACCUGGAUCCAAGGUAAAAACUGAAAUUUCAAACAUCUCAUCCAAAAAAAUGCCCAAAUUUUGACUAUGUCUGGAAAACCACUUUCCAGUGGGAAUAUUGAGCUGAAAUUUUGCGUGCAGGCUACUAGGACAUCAACAAGUCCAUUAGCGGUAGUUUCGUUUUGAUCCGACCUGCCGUUACAAAGCGUAAAUGUAGUUUGGUUCAAGAAUAAAAGAGGGCAGCACUGUAGACAUAGACUUGGUUCACCCUGGUUGACCUGAGCAUCAUGUAAACCUUGUAUGUAACUUACAAUUUAUACAUUUGGUUUAUUGGCCAAGUUAGGGUGAAAUAGGGCAAAAUUGUACUCUAUGGUGCUACACCCCUUUCAGAUGACGCCUGGGUAGAUCUGUAACAACAACACCCUUGAGGAGAUACUCGUCCUUUGCAGACUUAUAGGCACAGAAUAUGUCGUACUACUAUUUUUCUGAGUUGUGUCUGUUGCAUCGUCCUCAUGUGUAGGACUUUAUAAAACUUGCAGAAAGAUUACGCUUCUCUUCUCGAGGCUGUGGUAUUUGGAGGCGACCUCUUUAGGAUGCAUCCUCCUUUAGCUGCGGUGAAUAAAGAUGU